AUGCAGAGCUACACCUUCGCGCCGCCGACGCUGGCGCCGCGGGAGAACCAGCGCAAUUACGUCUUCGUGGACGAGCAUAACAGGCACAAGCGCCUCAAAGUGAUGAGAGCGUGCGAAGGCUGCCGCAGGCGCAAGAUCAAAUGCGACGCGGCGACGACGAACGCCUGGCCUUGCGCCGCCUGUAUCAGGCUGAAGCUCAACUGCGUGCCGCCGACGGUCAGCUAUGACAAGGACUACAACGCUAACACGCAGACCUUCGAGCUGGAGACGAAGCCCUUGGAGUACGCCCAACCCACGCCAAAUCCGCAGCAUGACUUCCAGCGCCAGCCCGUGAUGCCCGGACCGCAUGGCCUUGCCCAGCAGAUGCCGCCCUCGCUGCCCACGCCAGUCACCGGCUCCUAUGCCGACGGCAUGAGGAUGUACCAAACCGCGCCCUACAUGGAGCAGCAGCCGCAGGAACACAUCCAGUACGCGCCCAUGCCACAGCCUCAGGCGGUCCAGCAGAACAUGAACUAUCCCCCGCCUUCCAUGUACUCCGAGACCCCGGGCCCCCCACCCGCAAUGACCAUGACCCCGCCGGAAACCGAAGGCAGUUGGAAGCAUGAUCCGUCAUCAAGCUUAGCUGAAGCAUUAGGGGAACUGAAGAUUGACCACACGGCAAUCGCACCGUACAUUGCGAACCAAAGGAAGGCCCUUGCCGAGACGCCUGCGCAAGAAGAGUUCGAGGUCCAGCUGCCGCUGUCGACCAGCUUAGACCAUACGGUUCGAAUACCGCAGGAAAUGAUGCCGUCGGACGAGCAGGCACUGCACUAUUUUGACUACUUCUUUACCAACAUCCAUCCCUAUUGCCCGGUCAUCAACAAGGCCUACUUCUAUCAACAAUGGCAGAGCGCGCGAGAUUCAAUAUCGCCGCUAAUGCUUGAAGCAAUCUUUGCCUGUGCGACAAUGAUGUUGGGCGAUGAUGCCGAAGGAAACAAAUGGUUGGCCCUCGCGUCUAAGCAUGAGGAAAGCUUCAAAGAUGUUCCUCGCUUGAGUACGAUGCAAGCGAUGAUUUUACUCAUGAAGGCACGAGAAGCGUCUCCUAAGCGCGGCUAUUUCUGGCGCUCAUGGAUGACUGUUGUCAGCCUAGUCGCUAUGGCGAAGGAUCUCGAAAUGCAGGAUCAUCACGAAAACCACCAGAUGGGCAAAUCAUGCGGUUCGACAGCGCACGAUUGCAUUACGAAGACCAGAGUGUGGCACAUGCUGUUCGUUCUUGAGGUAAUGGUUGGAGGUCCUCAAGGACGCUUCGACUUCUCGGUCGAUCUGGACUCCGUCGACUUCGAGAUGCCACGGCCCGUUGCCGGACUAGAUGCCUCCGAGUUCCAGAUCUCGCGCCAAUUUACCCAAUACAUUCGCAUCGUGAAGAACAUCCAACAGACAACGCUCCUACAUGCAAAGCUGAAAAAGAAGACGAACGACUGGGCACUAGACCCCAGCUUUGUGGGCCAUAAUGCAGAUUACCCAGUUUGGCUACGGGAACUUCCAGAGGACAUGCAAAUUGUAUAUCCGGCUGACGGCUCAGCCCCGUGGAUCAACUCGCAUUACAUUGCGAACAUGCACUCCUACCACUAUUUGGGAGUUAUAAUGCACUUGCGCCCGCAGCUCCACGCCGUGUCGGACUCAUACGACGGUAUUUGGAAACAGCACAUGAUAUCCUGUUACUCGGCGGCAAAGAGCAUGUGCAAACUGCAAGAGGCUGUCUUGAAGACGUAUGGCCUGCCCGGGCUGCUAUGCAUGCUAAGGGGCAUCAGCUUUACGAUAUAUUCCGUCCUCACCUGCACCAUGCUUCACCUUGUUGCUAUUACCUGCCCAGACCCCGAACUUAACAACGAUGCGCGAGAAUUUUUUGUUCGGCACAUGCGCGUUCUGGAAACAUGUACUCCGGCAUGGCCAAUGCCCGAGAUGCACCAGCAAGUGAAUAACCUACGCCAGGCCUUCUCGGCAGACAUCACCAAACCUUUCGAACUAAAGCCGACAUUUCCAUUUGGUAGCCCGCAGGUACAUGCGCAGUCCAGUCCCACGAGCAACCCUGGUUCCUACCGGUCUCGUCUACCAAGCCAGCAUUCACCUCUGGAUCAACCAGGUCAGGUCAACUACCAUGCACAUCCCAUCACUCCACCAAUCUCGGCAUCCGAACACGACACCAAGGCUGACUCUCCCGUAGCUCAGUCUUUGGUCAUGAUGGCUUCUGGUCAACGUGCGCCUCAGCCCGCGGCGGGAAUGCAGAUGCAGGAACAUGUGCAAUGGAAUCCCCAGCGCAUCUUUGAUCAAUGGAAUGUAGCCUUCGGUACGCCUCCUCCUCCUCCCAGUACAGCAUCGCAAUCCUCUCCGCCGCUAAGACCGCCAACCGCAGGCAACAACUACGAGCUCCGGACACCACAAGAGACUAGCCAGCCCAGCUACCAGAUGCCGAGUGUGUCUCCCCAGUCCAGCAGUCUCCAGGGUGCCCAAUCGCAACUUCCCGCUUCAUCCAGCUAUACUGCACCGAACGCUUCGUACGUCACACCCACGAUGUGGCAAGAAGUAGUCGCCAGCUCGUUCCCGGACGGUUUGAAGCGGCGUUGGGACCACGGAAAUCCUUCCAUAGUCGACCAGUCCAUGUAUAAGCGGGCACGAUGA